CCGUGAGAUGACAUAAUGGUAAACACAGUAAGUGAAGUGACUAGCGGCCUCCAUCAGAUGACCUGAGAGCCACCUGACAGGACAGACUGCAAAAUAUCAAGCUGGAGUUUGACACCAGCUCCUGAACAAUUUGGACCAAGCUGAGUUUUUUCUUUUUUUUUUCCUGGCUUCAUGACAUAGUUUAACACCCAAGUUUGGAUUUGAGUUGAGAGUUUGAGGCUGCUGCCAGGACUGUGAGGCAUGAAGCCGAUCCUCCUCCACUGACUGCCUGCUUCAGAUCGUCUCUGAGAAAGAAGAGGAUCACCUUCAGAUCGCAGUUUGUGAAACUUGCUCGGAUGUGUUUCUCAUUUUCAUAGCUUGUCAGCACAGGUGGAAACCGUCCGGCUGGUCCAGCUCGGGGCUUGUGGGACAUGCGGAUGCGGCUCGCUGGGUUUUGGGAAACCAUCUCGUUGUAAGUCUCUGAGCUCGGGGAAAGGCUCGUCCUGGUGCAGCCAUGGAGGGUCUGGAGCAGCUCGACAUGGUGGGCGACAUCAGCCCGGCUCUGGAGGCCACCGAGGACUUCAUCCACUGCAUGGAUAGGAUCCAAGGCCAAGGCCCGAGCCAGGCGCCGCCCCCCCGCCAGCCGAAGCAGCUGCAGGAAGUGUCCAGCGCCGCGCUGGGAAAGCUGAGUUCCAGCGGCGUGUGGGGCCUGCUGGCCGGGGAGCAGCCCGAGGUCGGGCCUCUGGGCCUGGCCUGGGCCGACAACUUCAGCGUGCUGGGCCUGGGGAUGGGCCUGAGGCACGGCAAGAGAAGCCGAGCGCGCUCCACCAACGACUUGGCCGCUCACGGCAAAGAUGGCACAAACAACACCGCCAACUCCGCGUCCAACUCCGUCUUCAAGAAGGGACACAACCGGUCCAGAUCGGACGUCAACUACCGGCCGUCCGCCUACACCGACAACGGGCUGCCUGCGGUGGACUGCAACACCCUGAAGAACAUGAUUCUGAACCACCAGCAGGAAGCCCAUAAGAGCAGCAGCAGCAGCGUGGUGGUGCAGCAGGGCGAGCUGGAGCAGCGCGAGGGGCCCCGGGGCCGCUGGGCGCCCUGCCACGUGGAGCUGACGCCCUGCGAGCUGCGGCUCUACACCCUGGACAGCGCCGCCAACCGCCAGCUGGGCACCGCCUACUCGCUGUCGCACUGCCAGAGCGUCAUCUCGCCGGCGCCGUGCGGCCCGCCGGGCCCGGCGGCGGCGCCGGCCGACCAGCGCACGCUGCAGGCGCUCUUCUUCAACAGCACGCGCCUCCAGCUGCGGGCGGCCAGCCAGCGGGAGGCGGCGGAGUGGCGGCGGCUGGUGUGGGAGACGGUGCAGGCGGCGCGGCCGCCGAGGCCGGACGGCCGCCAGUGGACGGCGGAGAAUCAGCAGGCGGCCCAGUUCCCCGCCGCCAUGUCGCCCUCCUCGUCGCCCUCGCCCUCCGGGCUGGACACCAGGCCCGACGGCGACGGCGACGUCCCCGCCCCGGCCGAGCCGCCGAAUCCUGGCGUCCCGAGCCGGCCCACCAGCCUGCCCCUGUUCCCCCCGCGCUGCCAGGACGUCCUCAGAGCCGGCGUCCUCCACCGGCUGCUGGACGGGAACGCCUGGCGGCCCUUCAGCUUCGUCCUCACCAGGUCGGCCCUGCAGGCCUUCCCGGCGGAGGGCCGCGGGGGUGCGUCGCAGCCCGUCCUCCAGUGCUCCCUGGCAUCCUGCGUGGCGGUGCAGCACGAGCCCGAGCCGGAGAGCGGCGAGCCGGACAGCGGCGAGCCGUGGACCGAGGGGGCGGGGCGUUUCCAGGCUGUGUUCUCCAAAGAGGUGCUCCGACUCCGGGCGGAGGACCAGCCCACGGCCCGGGACUGGGUGGAGGCUCUGCGGGAGGCGGCCGGGGUCCAGAAGCCCCCGCAGGAAGAAGGGAGGGGGGCGGGAGACGCACCGGCUGGCCUCCAGGGGGCGCUGCUGAGAUCCAGACCGUCCAGGGACCGGAGGCAGCGGGACGCCCAGAGGGCCAAGCGCCAGUCCGUCACCACCAGCUUCCUCAGCAUCCUCACCUGUCUGGCCGUGGAGAAGGGCCUCACCGCCCAGAGCUUCAAGUGUGCCGGAUCUUCCCCAGGGAAUACCUCCUGCAGCACAUCCACCUGUACUCCAUGGCAGACCUGCAGCAGGUCAUCGAUGGGAAACUGGCUCCCUUCCUCUCCAAAGUCAUCAAGUUCGCCAGCUCGCACGUCUUCGGCUGCAGCCUGUGUCGAGAGAAAGGCUUCAUCUGCGAGCUCUGCCACAACAAGCAGGUCAUCUACCCCUUCCAGGAGAACGCCACGCGCAGGUGUGACGGCUGUGGCGCCGUGUUCCACGCCGAGUGUCGGCAGAAAGCUCAGCCGUGUCCUCGCUGCGUCCGCCGAGAGCUUCACCACAAGAGGCCGUCGUCCUUCUGGUCGCCCGACGACGACAGCCCCGGGUGUUUCCACCUGCCGUACCAGGACACCUGAGGCCGGGAACGGCCGGGACCGGAUCGGACCGCCUCUGGACCGGCUCCUGGUCCGGCUCGAUCCGCCACACGGGACAAAGUGCCUGCAUGUCAGGACGCAGGACGAAACCUGCCCACAGCUUUGGCCGCAGGGCAGAGAGACGGCGGUCAAAGCGUUGUCAGGUUUGUGUUUUUUUGUGUGUGUGUGAGUGUGUGUGUGUGUGUGUGCUUACCUGCCAACACACACACUCACACACACAUGCAUACACACACACAUCCUGAGCUGAGCCCUCUUCGUAGUACUGUACUGAGCAGGGACGCCACGGCUGGAGAUCUGCUGCUUCAGGCUUUCCGCCCCAAACUUCUUCUUCUUCUGCGUCACAGAAACAAGUCGCCCCACAGCUCCGCCCCGGCUCCUCCUCCACCUCCACCUCUCUGCUCCUCCUCCACCUCCACCUCUCUGCUCCACCUCCACCUCCACCUCCACCUCUCUGCUCCUCCUCCACCUCCACCUCUCUGCUCCUCCUCCACCUCUCUGCUCCUCCUCCACCUCUCUGCUCCUCCUCUCUGCUCCUCCUCCACCUCCACCUCUCUGCUCCUCCUCUCUCUUUCCCAACAUGACACGAUGAAACUCCGCCAGUCUCACUUCUUGAAACUGAAAAUAUCUACUUGGCCUUUGAGAAAGUGCAAUUUUCUAAAUUGUUGAACAUGUAAUUAAAAAACGGAUUAACUGUAACCCGUCUUCUGUUAAACAGCCUGAAACCAUGUGACCGUGAAUCCUUCCUGCCUGGAAACGUGGCCGUAAAACGUUUGUAGUUUUCUUCUUUCCAUCAAGCCGCUCAGGUCGACUGCAUGUCGUUAAAGAAGAGAAACAGCUGUGGGAGUUUCACUUUGACACAAAACAACUUCAACGGUCAUGUCGUCGGUUUUCCAGCUCUUCAAGCACAAAAGCUAAAUUUUGGGCCCAAAAAGAUCAAGAGUUAAAUCUGUGUUUUUGAUUUCCAGACUCAAACAUCCAGCAGCGCUUCGUUUAGUUUAAAACCAGCUUCCUCUACUUCCUCCCCUGACCACUUGGUGGCAGUAUUGCCAUCAGCUGUCGCCAUUUCUACCAGCGAAGAAGUCACAUACAGGAAACAGAUGGAUGAAGAUGGAAAAUUGUGAUUAUUCAGUUUUUAAAAGUGAUUCUAGAGACUUUAUGAUACUUCUGAUAAAAAUCUUUGGAUAUUCAGGUCACGGUUCAGAGUUUCCCGCCACUGAGGACGGCGUCAAACAUCCCGCCGUCACUCGGCGUUCAGCAAGCUGCUGCUGUUUGUUCUCUCUUCCCUUCAUAAUGGACUUUAGACUCUUAUCACACUGAUUGAGAAAUAAUAGACAAACAUGACGGAACUGUUGUGACCACAGUAAUCUGCUCUCAGGCGUUUGUGCUAAACGUUUAGAAGGAGUUCUUCUGACGGUACUUCUAGAUCAAACUGACACUUUUUAAGGGAGGUAAAUGUCUGUUGGCGACGAUCCAGUGGAGAUGUUGGAUUCAAUACGCAGCUUUCCUCACUGCCUCCAGGUCUGCAGCACAUCUCCAGCCCGAUUCGCUGCUUUCAACGCCCGUCGGAUCUGGAACACCCCCUGUGUGUGUCAGUGUUUCUUAAGCAGCUGUAUCCCCAACAGGCGCCGACUGUUAAAGCUCACGAGACUCCUAAAUUCAUCCCAGUUGAUAAAAACUGUUCUAGAAGAAGCAGAAUACAAACAGUUUACAGUCAAUCCAGGCUUCAGAGCAGAGUAUCAGAUUAAACACAUAUUUACGGAGUAGAUGUGGAAUAAAGCUGUUUUUAACUCACAUUUCCUGUUUCCUUGGAUGGAAAUGUAAAAUGCACUGAGACAUAAUUCAAAGGGACUGCCGUCAGUCCGCCUUCUUCCCUCCAUCAGUCUGACUGUAAAAUAACAUUUAUAAGAAGGGGGCAGUAAUAUCCUGUAGGUCUCCCUCUCAUUGUUGCCUUUCGUCCCUGCUGACCCUGCCCUGCUUUACUCAUGUAGAAUCUCUCCCACAUGAUAGCAGCUUUAGCUUUUUAGUCUUUCUAUGCAACCUAGAUGGCCUUUAUAACCCCUGCUUUCAUGUGUAAACGUCUGGAGACGCUCUGGUUUGUCCCGGCGCUGCGUUUCCGUCCCGGCGCUGCGUUUCCGUCCCGGCGCUGCGUUUCCGUCCCGGCACUGCGUUUCCGCGCCAGCAAAACAAAAUUCUAACACAUUUUAACCCAAAUGUUUGUUUUUGACAUUCAACUUUAAUAAUUGGACUUUCAUUUUAUCAAUUUUAAUGCCCUACUAUAAUACUUAGUUUAGUCGCUGUUUCAGACAGAAGACCUGCGUCUGUAAAGUUUAAUUUUCCUAAAUAUCAACUUCUAAAUUAUUACGUAUUUUUGUUCUGAAGCUUGUAAGUUUUAUGUAUUUAAAAAAAAAGUAAUUUUAUUUAUUGUUAGAUAUUCUUUUUUUUUCUUUUUUAAUGUAAAACUCAAUUGAGAGACGAUAAAACUUCACGUAAUUCCGUCUUUCAAGCUGAAUUUCAUGAUUUAGUUUGAAAUUUACUGUAAAAACAACAAUCUGGCAACACAGGAUUUUUUUGAUUUGCAACUUGGAACUUUUAUAAUCUUGAUAGAAACAGUAAAUGGUGCACUACCUGAUUUUAUUACAUCUUCAGCUUUAGAAGAAACGGUUUUCUGAUAAGUGUGGUUGGAUGGAAACGCAGCGGCGCUUGGCGGGAGUGAUUUCCCUGUGGUUUCUGUGGGGGGUGUUUUCUCUCUGAUCCUCCUCUUUCAGCUUGUUUGAGCCAUAAAGAAACAAAGUCGAAGGGAAAAACAAAAAAAGAAAAAUAACGAAGCUGCUGUAAUCAGCUGACUGGGUUUCUUCAGGAAUUCGUGUUUGUUGUGAGGAUUCAUGUCUGAUGAAGCAUGCAGGGACCGAAACAUGUGGUGGACGGUGUGGCGAGCAGAGUGCACUGAUCAGAGUGUGUGUGUUAUCGUGUUCCUCCAGGUGAGCUCACAGAUGAAGCUGUUUUUUUUUGUGCUGCGGGUGUGUGAAGCUUUCGGUUUGUAUCAUUUGAAUCAGGCUGUUUGUUUACGGUGGAGCUCAGCGGGUGUCGGGGAUCGGUUUUUAUUCAAUCAUUUCUUUAAACGUCAGUUUAUGACGCCGUCCGACCUGAGACGCAGCGCUCUGAUUACUCCAUCUCCACCUUUACUCCAGAGUCGAAGCACAUUACACAGGAAUUUGAUUCAAAUUAAUCUGUUUUUUCCGAAGCAAUAAUGUUGUGGAAGAUUUUUUUCGGGGUAAAAGUAGUUGCAAUGGUCACGUUUCUCCCACGGAGUGUCCUGUCUGUGAGACGAGGGACGAACCAAACGCCUGAAAGCCUUCAGCUGACUGAAAAGCACAAGUCUGCCUGGACGGACUGCAGCGAGUCCAGCGCCUGCUGGGCUCCGGUUCUGCCUCAGAUGUAGCUGAAGCUGCUGCUUUUCUCCACAUUUCUCUCAUUUGUUCCCAUGAACUUUUGUUUAUUGUCCUUUUAUUGUUUCAUUGAUGUUUAUUUAAGAGUGUUUACACCCGUUUCAUGUGACGUUUUCAGCUGUUUACUGCGAGGCUGAACAGAUUCCUUCUGAAUGAAAGACUGUAAAUGUUCUUUAUGUUUCAUGGCAGUACCAUUUGGGACUAAAGUUUCCUGUACAGUAUUUAAGCAGUUUAAUAACUGGACUGAAAUGCUCAUCCUUUUGCACUUUUUAAGUUAUAUAUUGUUGUUUUUGGCGUUGUUUACUUUUUCCAUCAGAGCCAAACUCUUAUGCAAGUCCAGGGAGUUGUUUGUUUGUUUGUUUGUUUGUGUUCUUCAGGUUUGUCUGCUCGCCACUGAUGCCAAUAAAAACAAAAAAUUCU